AUGGACACGGCCUUCUGGCAGAUGUCCUUCGCGGCCGAAGUACACGCUACAGUCCCAGGCUACGACCUCGCAUCCAUAGCAAUCAUCGCCAUUCCAUGGUGCACUGGAACAAUCAUAGGCCUCUCCGCCCGCGCCAUCGAAAAAACCCCCAUCUGGCUCACCUACCCCUCCACCCUAACCCCAACACAAAUAAACCAAGGCCUCGUAAUGCCCUUUGUCCUCGCCUCCCUCCUCGGCAAACCCGCCACCGCAGCCCUCCUCGUUCUCAUCUUCAUGGCCAUAACCAGCACCGUCUCCUCCUCCAUGAUCGCCGUCAGCAGCAUCAUCUCCCUCGACUUCUACCGCACCUACUUCAACCCUCUCGCCAGCGACCGCAAAACACUGCAAAUCAGUCAUCUCGGCGUGGUCUUUCAUGGCUGCUUCAUGGCGGGAUUCGCGGUGAUGUUGCAGUAUGCCGGGGCGGCGAAUAAUUGGGCGACGUAUGUCAGGCCGAUUGUGGCGUGUCCGGGGAUUUUCCCGAUGAUGCUUACGAUUGUUUGGGAGAGGCAGACGAGGCUUGCUGCGAUUUUGGCGCCGUUGCUGGGGCUUUGUUCGGGACUUGGGGUGUGGUUGUCGCUGAGUUGGCGGUAUGGUGGUGCGAUUGAUAUUGAUACGACUCAGCUGCAGCUGCCUGGUCUGUAUGGCGCUACGACCUCUUUCUUCUCGCCUCUGGUGUAUUCCGUAGUCAUAUCUCUGGCAAAGCCAUCACGCUUCGACUGGCGGGAGUUCCUGAGGAUGGAGCUGAUCGAGGACAAAACGCCCACGGUCUCAUCGCGGCCAAGCACGAUUGCUGUCAGCUUAUCCGACGACUUCCAGAACGAGGAGAAGCCUGCCUUUGUCGAGGGUAAAGGUCCAGAGAGCGUGAGCAGUCAGCAGCCACCAGCCAAGAACAAGGCACAAGCGGACCUCGACGAUGUCGUUCACCCCUUUGGCGAGGAAACGAUCAAACACAUCAAACAUUGGCUCAAGAUCGCUGUCACCUUCCUCCUCGUCAAUAUUCUGGUCACCAUUGUUCUCUGGCCAAUGCCAUUCUACCGCGACUGGGUCUUCACCAAGAGCUUCUUCGGCGGUUGGGUAACGAUGGCCUUGAUAUGGCAGUGGUUGGCCUUCUUCACAGUCGUUGUGUACCCAGUCUACGAUGGCAGACAUGCAAUCGUACAGGCGUUGAAGGGUUUGUCGCGGGAUCUUGCAGGGCGGAAAUAG